AUGAAGAGACAAAAAGAUAAGUUUUGGCAACAUGCUGAGCCACUUGAUAGUUCACAUUUCAAAUGCAAAUUUUGUGAAAAACAAAUUUAUAGAGGGGUCACUCGCCUCAAGUAUCAUUUAGCUAAAGUUAGUGGUCAUGAUGUUGCACCUUGUGAGAAAGUAUCUGAUGAUGUCCAAGCAGAAGCUCUUCUUGCUAUUAAUUCUGAAUCAAGUAGUAAAAAGCGUAAGAGUUGUACCAGUGGUGAGAAUGCUUUCAUUAAGUUUGUGAAGUGCACAGCCCGUUAUGGUCCUAGUGUUCCUAUUCCAAGUUAUGGAACCCUUCGUGGAAGAAUAAUCCCUGAAGCAAGAAAGGACCUUGAAAAAUAUGCUGAAGAAGUAAAAUUUUCUUGGAAACAAACUGGUUGCACAAUUAUGUCUGAUUCAUGGACUGACUUGAAGAAGCGUCUUUUCUUAACAGAGAUUCAAAGUGUUGGCCAAAAUUUAGCGGUUCAGAUAAUUUCAGACAAUGCAUCCAAUUAUUCCAGUGCACUUGAUAUGCUCAUUGGAAAGUAUCGUUGGUUGUUUAAGACUCGAUGUGCAGCCCAUGGUAUCAAUCUAAUGUUGAAGGACAUCUAUGAAAAGGUUUUUUGGGUUGAAGAAAUUUUUGAUGAGGCAAAAAGAAUUAUUGACUACUUGUACAAGUCAAUAAUUGUCUUACAAUUGUUGAGGAGUUUCACAAACAAGGAUAUAAAAUAUCCUUGCAAAACUAGAUUUACUUCAAACUUUUUAAUGCUUCAGUCAAUUGUUGAAGUGGAAGAGAAGCUUAGACUCCUAGUUACAUCAGCUGAGUGGAGGAGUCUAAGAAAUUCUAGAUCUGUUGAAGUACAUAGAGUAGUGUACACUAUUCUAAGGGAGUCAUUUUGGAAUGAUUCAAAAGAGAUUUUAAGAUUUAUGGAAUCAACCAUUCGAGUUCUUCGUUUGGUUGAUGGUGAUGGGGCUACAUCGAGAUAUUUGUAUGAAGCAAUGGAAAGAGCCAGAGAGGUAUUGGAAAAGCUUUAUGAGGUUGACCAUUGGUAUAACCAAAAUUUGGAUAUCUUUGCUAAGAGAAGGGAUGAAAACAUUUUUGGUACUAUUCACUAUACAGUUGCUGUUUUCAACCCUACUUAUUUUUGGAGUGAAAGAUUCAAAAAGAUUCCUCAAUUGAAAGAAGCAAUAGAUUUCACUGGUGAGAUAUUGGUUCCAUAA